UUUUUUUUUUUGAUUUUGACCAACGGAAGAAGAAGAAUCUGAAAAAGAGAGACCGAUGAAGCAUAUUUUCAAGAAGCUACACAGAGGUGGGAAUCAAGAGCAGCUGAAUCGAACCAACGAUGCUGUUCCUCCUCCUUCAUCCGAUCAAAAUCGGAUUCACGUUUCUUCUGCUAAUCCUCCUCCUCCUCCUCAAGCCACCCCUUCUUCUGUCGCCGACACGGUUCCGGUGACCGCACCUGCUUCUUCGAUGACUUCUCCUUCUCCUACUACUGCUUCCAACCGUGCCGAUUACAUGUCGUCAGAGGAGGAGUAUCAAGUUCAGUUAGCCCUAGCGAUCAGUGCUUCGAAUUCGCUGUCCAGCGAGGAUCCGGAGAAGCAUCAGAUCCGAGCGGCCACGUUGUUGAGCUUAGGAAGCCAUCAACGGAUGGACUCUAGGAGGGAUUCGUCGGAGGUGGUGGCCCAGAGGUUAUCGAGACAGUACUGGGAAUAUGGAGUGCUUGACUAUGAGGAGAAAGUUGUCGAUAGUUUCUACGAUGUGUACAGUCUAUCCACAGACUCAACAAAGCAGGGAGAAAUGCCAUCGCUGGAAGAUCUUGAAAGCAAUCAUGGAACCCCUGGCUUUGAAGCUGUAGUUGUAAAUCGACCUAUUGAUCCUUCCCUGGAUGAGCUGCUACAGAUUGCACAAUGCAUUGCGCUGGAUUGUCCUACUACCAGUGUUAGUGUGUUGGUACAGAGGCUGGCUGAACUUGUCACAGAGCAUAUGGGUGGAUCUGCUGAAGAUUCCAAUACAGUAUUGGCAAGGUGGACUGAAAAAAGCAGCGAGUUCAAGGCAGCAUUGAAUACUUGUGUAUUCCCUAUUGGAUUUGUAAAUAUUGGUAUCUCAAGGUAUCGUGCUCUGCUUUUCAAGGUUUUGGCAGAUAGUGUCAGGUUACCUUGUAGGUUGGUAAAAGGUAGCCACUACACAGGUAACGAGGAUGAUGCUGUGAACACAAUAAGACUGGAAGAUGAAAGAGAGUACUUGGUUGAUCUUAUGACAGACCCUGGGACGCUUAUACCUGCUGAUUUUGCAAGUGGUAAGGAUUAUACCGUUGAGUCAUAUAACUCACAUGCACAUGGAAACAACUUUCCUACAGCCCAGUUGUCAAAUGACUUCAAGCAUUCAGCGCCAAAGAUGUCAGAAGGUGAAGGCAGUAGUCAGAGUUCUAUGGCACACAAUAGUUCUUCUUUGAAUAGAAGGCCAGAGGCUGAAAGGACAGAUUCCUCAACCCCAAAGUUGGGACCACUUCGGAACGUAGAUUUGAGCGCUUCACCUUCUAGCAUACCUAGUUCUAGUCAGUUGGAGAACAUAUCCUUUACAGCAAUUGCAAAGGGGAAUCGAGGAGCCAUAAAUGACUGUUCAAGAACGAAUCUGAAUAUAGUUCCAUACAAUCAGAACAGUGAGGAAGACCCGCAAAAUCUUUUCGCAGACCUGAACCCAUUUCAAAAUAAGGGAGCUGACAAGCUGUUUAUGCCUACUAAAUCAGGUUUGAAUAGAAUUGAUGAUUUUCAUCAACAAAAAAAUAAUCCUCUGGUUGGUAGAUCACCUGCACCAAUGAUGUGGAAGAAUUACAGCUGCAAUGAAGCCCCAAAGAGAAAGGAGAAUAGUUAUAUGGAAAAUCUUCUCCCGAAACUCCACCGUGAACCUCGUUAUGGAAAUUCUAAUUCCUCAUAUGCUACCUCGAGCUCCAAUGGAGUUGUUCCGUCAAAUGUGUCUGGCCGAGACAAUAUGACAUUUGUGUCACCGGUUGCUGCAAUACCAUCCUUCACAUCCCCUGGAAAUCAGUUCACACCAAGUAUGGUGGAGGAUAUGAACAGAAACAGCAACAAUGAACUAGAUCUCCAGCAUAAUGCUGCUCCUGUGAUACAUGGACACCAAAAGGAUGAAUCUCACAUCCACGAUCAUAGAAAGUACACAAGUGAUGACAUAUCUACUGGAUGUGAUCUGAGGCUUAAGGAUCACGAAAGUACAAGUUCAUCUCUUGAUUCCACAACUUACCGGAAUGAUCCUCAAGUUCUUGAUGAUGCAGAUGUUGGUGAAUGUGAAAUUCCUUGGAAUGAUCUUGUUAUUGGGGAGAGAAUAGGAUUAGGUUCCUAUGGAGAGGUCUAUAAUGCCGACUGGAAUGGCACGGAAGUUGCUGUCAAGAAAUUUUUGGACCAGGACUUCUCAGGUGCUGCUUUGGCCGAGUUCAGAAGCGAAGUACGUAUCAUGCGAAGAUUGCGUCAUCCAAAUGUUGUAUUCUUCCUUGGGGCUGUUACUCGUCCUCCAAACCUGUCCAUCGUCACAGAGUUUCUGCCAAGAGGAAGCUUGUAUCGAAUUCUUCAUCGGCCCAAAUCUCAGAUUGAUGAGCGGCGGCGGAUAAAAAUGGCUCUUGACGUGGCAAUGGGGAUGAAUUGCUUACACACCAGCACACCAACAAUUGUUCAUCGUGAUUUAAAAACACCAAACCUUUUGGUUGAUAACAACUGGAAUGUUAAGGUCGGUGAUUUUGGGUUGUCUCGCUUGAAGCACAAUACCUUUUUAUCCUCAAAAUCAACUGCUGGAACGCCCGAAUGGAUGGCUCCAGAAGUUCUACGGAAUGAGCCAUCAAAUGAAAAGUGUGAUGUAUACAGUUUUGGGGUAAUACUUUGGGAACUAGCAACAUUGAGAUGUCCAUGGCGAGGAAUGAAUCCAAUGCAAGUAGUUGGAGCAGUUGGUUUCCAGAAUCGUCGGCUUGAGAUCCCUAAGGAACUUGAUCCUGUGGUGGGAAGGAUCAUCUUGGAAUGUUGGCAAACGGAUCCGAAUCUGCGGCCAUCCUUUGCUCAGCUGACGGAAGUGCUGAAGCCUUUGAACCGGCUGGUGCUUCCUUCACCACAGUAAUUGGCAAAACUGUGAAUAUGUGAAAGAGAGUGGUUAAUCAUCAAUCAUAUAGUAGAGUAUAUUGCCUCUGGUGCUGCGCAGAGUUAUUAUUAAUACACACAUAAGCCAGCCUAGAUAAUAUUGAGGAAUGUAAAUGAAAUCAAUGUACACUAUGUUUUGGUGUAUUUGCUGCUAUAGGAAAAAGCCGCUAUGCUGUGCUUAUAUUUCCGAAAAUAUAAUUUUUUUUUUCUCCA